AAUUUUUCACAUUGCUGGAACAUUCCAGAAGCGUGGGUCUCUCAGUCAGUGCAAUGGCGCAGCAAAAAAAUUUGCAAGUGCAAUUUAAUAAUGAAAAGUGUUAUAUAAACGUGAAAUUCAGUGAAAUCCUAAGCUACGAGGACUUGGAAAAUAGUGUGCGCAAUCAACUGUCCUUAAACGGUGGGGUGCUAAAAAUUUUAGACUCAGAGGGAGUUAGAAUCUUGCCAGCAGCAUUCUCAGAAGUCGAAACUUCGUAUUAUAUUAUACGACACGAAGAAGAUGUGUCUGAUGCCAUUGGAGACGUUCCAGUAAGAAAUGGGUAUCCGGAGGCCACUGGGAAUAUUGUGGAGAAUCCAAAUAUGAUGCCAACCCUUAUUGCGAAGGAGCUUCGCAAGUUUUUUAGAGUUCAAAGAACUGUUUUAAUCAACGGUGCCGAGCUGUUGACAAAAAACAAGCUCACUGAGCGUGAAAGGAAGAUGGCAAUUCGAAUAAUUGCUAACCAUCUUCUGCUUUAUCGGCCUCAGCCCAAAAAAGAUGAUAAAAUAGCUUACGCAAAGGCCACCGUGGAGCUCUUUCCGUCCUUAAAAAUAGAUUCUCCGAGAGGAUAUAUUCAGCUUGAUUUCCAAUUGCUUUUCCCUGAUAAGAACAACUGCUUGAAGGAGUUGUUUGAUGAAGAAUUUCAAACAAAGCUAUGUACUUUGGGAAAUACUCAAGCAAUGCGCAAAAUAGACAAUGGAUGGCCCACGCCAAUUUGGGCAACUCUCAACUGGCUGUCACUGUUGCCACCAACUGGUGGAGGUCGAGGUCACCAAGGUAGACCAAGUCUCAAAGAAGCCUGCGGAAAUUUGAUACAGUUUUACGAGGCAGGGGAACACAAGGAGCGACAUCAGAAAGUUUUACGUGUCUUUGGAUGA